GAAAACAAUAAGACCAGGUUAAUUCCAAUCCUAUUUUCCUAUUGCCCUUGUCCUAUAUGUGAUUUUUCCCAAUUCCCAAAUUGCCUUCUCGAAGGGAAAAACCUGAGAGAACCCAUCAAAACAGAAACUUUCUGUUUCCAUUUCCGAUUUGACAGUCAAGAAGUAGGUUACUGUUCAAACUGCCAACAACACAAUGUCUCGUCUAUCAAAUUUCUAUCUUCUAACUUACAAUUCCCUCCAAGCUUUGGGCUGGAUGGUUUCUCUUUAUAGACUUGUGGGCAAUUUUGCAGCCACUAAAUCUACAAGUGGGGCUUACUCUUCAACCGGAGAACUUGUUUGUUUCCUGCAAGCUGCUGCAUUCUUGGAAAUCAUUCAUGGAGCUGUUGGUCUGGUACCAACUGGAGUGCUGCUUCCUCUGAUGCAGUGGGGUGGGAGGGUGCAUUUUGUGGUUGCAGUUGUUCGUCAACUUGAUGAGAUUCAACAGUUGCCUUCUGUUUUCAUCACUUUCCUGGCUUGGAGCUUAUCUGAGGUUAUCAGAUAUUCUCAUCAUGCUUUCAAUUGCUUGGGAGUUUGCCCAUUUUGGCUUACAUAUCUUAGGUACACUGCAUUCAUAGUUCUCUAUCCUACUGGAGUGACAAUUGGUGAAAUGUGGCUCAUGUACCAAGCAAUUCCAUUUAUGGUAAAGAAGAACCUCUAUGCAGAUGUUUUUGCUUACCUCCCCUUCAGCUAUUACAAUUUCAUCAGGGUUCUGCUUCUUGUCUACCCAUUAUUGUUCUUGAAACUGUACCUACAUCUGUUCAAGCAAAGGAGAUCAAAAUUGGGCAAGCAGCAUAAGAAGAAGAGAAACUAAAGGUUAGGCUGAUCUUGUAUCAAUCUACAGUAAACAAUUCAUUCUUGGAGUUUGAUAAUUUAGACAGUUGACGAUGAUGCUUGGAUUUAUAAAUGGUGAUUCACAAGAUGAUGAAAUGAUUCUAUAGCAUCUAGUGCUAGCCAAUUAGUAUGAAGAUAUAAAAAGGAAAAUUUUCAAUGUUUGGGUUCAAUGUGGUCUGCUUAAUCUAGAAUGAGGGAGGAGCCCUCGUUCAAGAAUGAUUUUUCCAAUGACCAGAAUGGUGAGGAAAAGCAGAAGAAUAUAAAUUUAUGAGCCGUAGAUGAUAUUUUUCAGUACGGAUGACAUUGAAUUAUAUUACUAUUUGUUGAUUUUUUCCACGUUCAAUUGAUCUUCGUUUCUAGAUAUUA